AGAAAUCUGUGAAUAUAAACAACUGUUUCAAGGACAGGUAGGUGCAUCACAUUGAUAUAUUAAAACUGAAACAGUAGUUUGUUUCUUUUUUUUUUCUUUUAUUAGAUAUUUUCUUCAUUUACAUUUCAAAUACUAUCCCGAAAGUCCCCUAUACCCUCCCCCUGCCCUGCUCCCCAACCCACCCACUCCCACUUCCUGGCCCUGGCAUUCCCCUGUACUGGGGCAUAUAAUCUUCACAAGACCAAGGGCCUCUCCUCCCAUUGAUGGCCUACUAGGCCAUCCUCUGCUACAUAUGCAACUAAAGACACAAGCUCUGGGGUUUACUGGUUAGCUCAUAUUGUUGUUCCUCCUAUAGGGUUACAGACGCCUUUAACUCCUUGGGUACUUUCUCUAGCUCCUUCAUUGGGGGCCUUGUGUUCCAUCCAAUAGCUGACUGUAAGCAUCCACUUCUGUAUUUGCCAGGCACUGGCAUAGCCUCACAAGAGACAGCUAUAUCAGGGUCCUGUCAGCAAAAUCUUGCUGGCGAAUGCAAUAGUGUCUGUGUUUGGUGGUUGUUUAUGGGAUGGAUCCCCAGGUGGGGCAGUCUCUGGAUGGUCCUUCCUUCCAUCUCAGCUCCAAACUUCGUCUCUGUAACUCCUUCCAUGGGUAUUUUGUUCCCCAUUCUAAGAAGGAAGGAAGUAUCCACACUUUGGUCUUCCUUCGUCUUGAGUUUCCUGUGUUUUGCAAAUUGUAUCGUGGGUACUCUUAGUUUCUGUGCUAAUAUCCGCUUAUCAGGGAGUACAUAACAUGUGUGUUCUUUUGUGAUUGGGUUACCUCACUCAAGAUGAUAUCCUCCAGAUCCAUCCAUUUGCCUAGGAAUUUCAUGAAUUCAUUCUUUUUAAUUGCUGAGUAGUACUCCAUUGUGUAAAUGUACCACAUUUUCUGUAUCCAUUCUUCUGUUGAGGGACAUCUGGGUUCUUUCCAGCUUCUGGCUAGUAUAAAUAAGGCUGCUAUGAACAUAGUGGAGCAUGUGUCUUUCUUACUAGUUGGAACAUCUUCUGGAUAUAUGCCCAGGAGAGGUAUUGCGGGAUCCUCCUGUAGUACUAUGUCCAGUUUUCUGAGGAACCGCCAGACUGAUUUCCAGAGUGGUUGUACAAGCUUGCAAUCCCACCAACAAUGGAGGAGUGUUCCUUUCUCCACAUCCUCGCCAGCAUCUGCUGUCACCUGAAUUUUUGAUGUUAGCCAUUCUGACUGGUGUGAGGUGGAAUCUCAGGGUUGUUUUGAUUUAUUUGCAUUUCCCUGAUGAUUAAGGGUGUUGAGCAUUUUUUCAGGUGCUUCUCAGCCAUUCAGUAUUCCUCAUUGAGAAUUCUUUGUUUAGCUCUAUACCCCAUUUUUUAAUGGGAUUAGUAGUUAAUUUCUUAACCCUUGGUCUUCCUGCCCUCUGUAGCCACAAAUUUUUGAACAGAAGUAGUUAUCAUCCCUCUUGUAGAAUAAUCAUUAAAUCUAAGCAGAAAGCAAUUGGCUGCAUAUGUAAUUGUUGUAACCGCUAUAUGUUCAUAGUAGUAGUACAUAGAAUUUAUAGAGCAGGACUGUUGGUGACAUUUCUCUCACAGUAGACUGCAUAGUACCUUCUGACACUAUGAAAGCCAGAACCAGCAGGUGAGAACCUUCCAGCUCAGUCCCAGAUUGAUUUCUCAUGUUCCAUAGACAAAGUAUGCAGUGUCUUCAGUAGUAGUCUUACUAUUUGUUUCUAAUGUAAAACCAACAGCAGUGUCAAUAGCUUAUAGGGAAGCGGGGUAGGAGGUGAGCAGGGAACUCAGCCUCCUUGGCCAGUAGCUCAUAGCUAAUCACUCCUAACACUGGAAUUUACUCAAAAACUUCAGAGACUGGUUUUUCUCAUUGCUUUAGGUUAUAUAUACUCUGUCUCAAGAAGGCAUAGUAAGUACUUAUGUUUCUGGUUCUCUACCUUGAUACUUGGACUGCCCAUCUGUACUCAUGUCCCAUAGCCUUGUGAAUCAGGCUAUGAGGGACUAUCUCAUUCUUUGUUUUAACAUCUGUUCAGUUAAAACUUUUCAUGCAUAGGGCAUUCACUUAGGUAUUGGGCCACUAGCCACCGCAACACCUCAUGCUGAAUCAUGAAUUUCCCUUUUGAUUAGAGGUUAAAAUUGAGGGCUAUGUUCUUUUACUUCUGACUUACUUUUGCCCUCUUCACUCACUUAUUUUCCCAGUGGGAUUCCAGUUUUUUAGUUGGGGGUGGGGGGUUGGAGUGGAAUGCUUUUUAGCAGGGGUCUAAUUUGUAUUGUCUUCCUUGCACCUGCCAAAUGCAGGAAAUGACAGCGCAACACCUCAUCUUACCUUACCAGGUUUUUGUUUUCUUGCUUGCUUGCUUGCUUGCUUUUUGCACCUUCUACCAAAUCAGAGGAUAGCAUCCAUGUGUCUUUUUUCAUAUCAGAAUUCCUCUUCCAUGGACAAGUGCUUUCCAGACAGACAGCUGAGCUCAGCUGUGACUUUUCACUCACAACAGUGGCCAAAAUUGUUGCUAUAGCCUGCUUAUGGCCAUAGCCCAUGUAUUGUACUUUCAGGAUUGGCAUACAUUCUCAAGUUUAUUAGCAUUUUUGGGAAUGCCCCCAAAGUCACCUGAUAGGCUCAGUUCCCUGGGGAAGCAUGCCACCUCAUAGCAUGUAGAUAAGAUGGUAAACUUAGCAUUCCCUCAAAGGACACUCGAUUCUCAGUGGCUUUACCUUGGGUGGCGUGUCUUAUCACCCAUUAGUGGAAACAUGUUUCUGAAUUUGCCACUACAGAAAGGAAGCACACUAUCCUCUGGCACAUGCAGAAAGGCCGUCAACAUUGGAAUUGCCUCUGUCCCUUAGGAGGAACCCCUUGAGCUACCCGGUCUAAAACACGUUAUCGCCAGUGUGAGGGCUAAAUGGUGUGAUAACACCCAAGAGCCAGGAAAUGGCAACAGCCUUGGAGCCAGAGGACCAAGAUCUUUGGGAAGAAGAAGGAGUUCUGAUGGUGAAACUGGAGGAUGAUUUCACGUGCGGGCCAGAAUCCGCCUUGGAGGGCGAUGAUCCUGUACUGGAGACCUCUCACCAGAACUUCCGACGCUUUCGAUACCAGGAAGCAUCAAGCCCUCGAGAAGCUCUCAUCAGACUUCGAGAGCUUUGUCAUCAGUGGCUGAGGCCAGAGAGGAGAACUAAGGAGCAGAUUCUUGAGCUGCUCGUGUUGGAGCAGUUCCUCACUGUCCUGCCUGGAGAACUGCAGAGCUGGGUGCGAGGCCAGCGGCCCGAGAGUGGCGAGGAGGCAGUGACGCUGGUGGAGGGUUUGCAGAAACAACCCAGGAGACCAAGGCGGUGGGUAACCGUCCAUGUUCAGGGCCAGGAAGUCCUGUCAGAGGAGACCCUACACCUAGGGCUGGAGCCGGAGUCCUCCAGUGAGCAACAAGAUCCAACACAGACCUUGACCACUGAGCAGCCCCAUGAGGAAGCCCUCCGAAGCCCAGAUCUGGGGACACAGGAACAGGAGACCUUGCAGCAUGACGAGGAGCACCUGCCCCUGCCGGAAUGUGAGGUUCCAGUGUCCCAGGAUGUAGACCUUCCCACAGAACAAGGGUCUGGACACCCAGAGAUGGUUGCUCUUCUCACUGCUCUCUCUCAGGGACUGGUCACAUUCAAGGAUGUGGCUCUGUGCUUCUCACAGGAUCAGUGGAGUGAUCUGGAUCCAACACAAAAAGAAUUCUAUGGAGAGUAUGUCUUGGAAGAAGACUGUGGAAUUGUGGUCUCUCUGUCAUUUCCAAUUCCCAGACUAGAUGAUACCUCCCAGAUUAGAGAAGAAGAGCCUCAGGUCCCAGGUGUCCAUGAGUCUCAAGAGCCUGCAGAACCAGAAAUCCUGAGUUUUACCUAUACAGGAGACAUGAGUGAAGCUGAGGAAGAAAGUGUUGAGCAACAAGAUACACACAAGUCUACUUUGGCAAACACAGAAGUUCACCAGUCUCCAGAUUGGGAAAUAGUCAUUGAGGAUAAUACCAGUAGACUUAAUGAAAGAUUUGGUACAAACGUUUCUAAAGUUAAUAGUUUCACAAAUAUUAGGGAAACUAUGCCUGUUCACUCCCAAUCAGGGAGGCAGCAUCAUUGCCCUCUAUGUGCAAAAAGCUUCACGUGUAAUUCUCAUCUUAUUAGGCACUUAAGAACUCACACAGGAGAAAAACCCUAUAAAUGUAUGGAGUGUGGGAAAAGUUACACACGGAGCUCACAUCUAGCUAGGCACCAGAAAGUCCAUAAGAUGAACACUCCUCAUAAACAUCCUCCAAACCGGAAGACUGUGGAUGGCCCUCUGGUCCAGUCUGAGGUAACUACCCGUGUGGAGAAACCAUAUACCUGUGAUGAUUGUGGAAAACAUUUCCGUUGGACGUCGGACCUGGUCAGGCACCAGAGGACACAUACAGGAGAAAAACCUUUUUUCUGUACUAUCUGUAGCAAAAGCUUCAGCCAGAAAUCUGUGUUAACGACACACCAAAGAAUCCAUGUUGGAGGCAAGCCCUACGUGUGUGCGAACUGUGGCGAGAACUUCAGUGAGCAGAAGCAGUAUCUGACACACCGCAAGACACACGUGUCUGAGGAGCACCAUCUGUGCAAUGAGUGUGGCCGCUCCUUCAGCCAUAGUGCAGCAUUUGCCAAGCACCUGAAAGGCCAUGCUUCAGUGAGGAACUGCCGCUGCGAUGAGUGUGGUAAAACCUUUAGCAGGAGGGAUCACCUUGUCAGACAUCAACGAACACACACUGGGGAAAAGCCUUUUACCUGUGCCACCUGUGGGAAAAGCUUCAGCAGAGGCUAUCACUUAAUCCGGCAUCAGAGAGUCCACACAGGAAAGACCAAGACCUAGCUAGGGGCCUUAUGUGGAGAGCUUAAUUCCGCCGCCAACUGAGACGGAUGGGUUCUGUGUUCAACCUGAGAAGAACUCUUCUGAGGCAUCUCUGACCUGCCCGUACCUUACAUCACCUCUUCCAACUACCAAACAAAAGCCCCAUCCAGAACGACUCAGCUUUUCUCAGUUGAGGCUUCUGUUUCACUGGCAUGCUCCUGCCUCUACCUCAUAGGUGUGGUGUAGGAGAUGUGGGACUUAAGGAAAUUUGGGUCACUGUAUUUUGAGAAACAUAGGCUGCUCUAGAUCCUGGAGACUACUUGACAGCCUCAACUUCAGUGUGGUCAAGGAUAAGUACGUAGGUCUGAUAAGCGACCAACUUAAAACGGUCUGUCCUUACUGGACUCAAACCUUAAAGCACAAAACCCUAAACUCAAGAUAGGAGGUUUGGGUCCUGAUAGAUUUGCCACACUGACGGGAUAGCUACAGUUUCUCACUAACUCGCCUCUUCACUGUACACUUUCCUUUGAUGCUGGAGACAAAGGGGAAGAAUUUUGAAGGACAAAUCCUUAAGGCUCCUUCACAAGGAUUUUGACAGGCUGCUCCUUUCCCCAUUGUCAGAAUGACACUAAGUGCCACAUACUGCUACAAAAGCGGGCCUAAGCAAAAGCCUCUUGGGGUGUACCACCCCUGUCUAAAUACUCCUGUCUACUAUUCAGCCACUGUCAGUUUGUCCCUUACAUGCCUACUGCAAAAGAGGUGUAGUACUGGAGUGCUGAAGAACUCAGUAAAGCAUAAUUAAGACAUGGUGAAAUCCAUUCCAUUCCCACAUAAUGUUUAAGCCUGCCCUCCUUCAUUUGGCUUGUGAGAAGGGAUCUAAAGCUCUUGUUAGCAUAGAAAGGCACUGUAUCUAGUGCAGAAUCAUAAUUGACUGAGAGAGACUAGAGGAGAUAUAAAACCAGUUCGGAAGACUAUGAAACAGCUGUUGCCACUGGCUGAGACUAUUCUGACACCCAGUCCUUGGUAUCCCUGCCUGGGUUCUCUAAUUUCUGGGAAGAUUAUGAACCCUAGUACUUGGGACCCUGAGAAUUCAUCAGAGUAAAGGGAUUUUUAUGUGUCUUGUGUUACUUGGUUUUUCAUGUGUAAGUUCAUUUUCAUGUAAUUGUGAACUAAAAAGUAGUAUCUCCUGGUGGCCUACGGGUCUUUUACCUGUUCAAUGUUCCCAGGAGGCUGAAAUUUUAUGACCUUACAUGUCUGAUCAUCUAUCUGAAAAGGACUGAGGACAGAUAUUCCAUAAAUGGGGCACAGGAUGUGGGAUUAAAGCAUGAGAAGGAAGAUAUA